AUGUUUUGUAACCGAUGUGUAUUUUAAAAUGUAAAUAAUGUGGUUACUGAAAGUAAAGGUGAAUAUUGUUAUAAGUUAACAAUAUUAUUUCAAAGACGAUAUAAAAUGUUUUAAAACUGAAAGAAAAAAAAUGCCAAGUAAUCCAGAAAGAUAUGCCGAUGGGGCUGAUUUAACACCGCCACCGACGGGACCUGGUCAAAUAACUCAAACAUUCGACGAGUCUACAAUACUUAUUACGGGAGGAACAGGUUUUCUUGGACAGAUUCUAGUAAAUAAAUUACUAUACACAUGCAUAAAAAUAAAGAAAAUUUUUUUAAUAAUACGACCAAAGAAAGGAAAAAGUUCUGAAGAUCGUUUAGAAGAAAUGUUUGCAAGUAUGAUUUUUGAUAAAAUGAAGCAAAACGUUCGAAAUUAUCGUGAAAAAGUUAUUGCAAUAAAUGGUGAUUGCAGUUUAAGUAAUUUAGGAUUAACAGAAGAUGAUCGUCUAACUCUAAUACGAGAAACAAAUUUUAUAUUUCAUUGUGCGGCGACCAAAAAUUUUAAUGAAAAUUUACGAUUAGCUGUUCAAAUUAAUGUACGCGCGGUUCGAGAUUUAAUUAAUAUGGCAUCGAAAAUGCAAGAGCUUAAGGCUUUUUUACAUUUAUCCACUUUAUAUGCAAAUUAUCCAAACAAAGAAAUUGAUGAAAAAUUUUACAAUGUUCCAAUGCAUUAUGAAAAAUUAAUAUCAUUAGUAAGUGUAUUAGAUGAUCACAAUUUAAAAUUAAUUACACCCAGUUUAUUAGGAAAAUGGCCAAAUGUAUAUUUUUUUACAAAAGCUAUGGCUGAAAAUGUAAUUCGAGAUUCUAAUGAAGAGGUACCAAUUACCAUAGUGAGACCAUCAAUUGCUGUCGCAACAUUAUUAGAACCUGUAGCAGGAUGGAUCAAUAAUUCUGAUGGACCUACAGGAAUACUAUGCGGUAUUGAAAUGGGUUUGUUGCAUACACUUUUUACAAAUAGUGAUACAUUAAUGGAUAUUAUACCAGCUGAUUAUAUUAUUAAUUUAAUUAUCGCUGCUGUUUGGGAUGUUUCAUAUACAAGAAAAGUAACAGAAAAUCAUGAAGUUUUAACGAAAACUCCACCGAUUCCAAUCUACAAUUUUUUACCAUCAAGCUGUAAUCCAUUGACAAGUGCUCAAUUCCUUGAAAAUGCUAAAAAUGCAAGCUCAGAAAUACCAAGUAUGAAACAAUUGUGGAAACGAUUUUGUCGUAUUACAUCGAAAAAAUAUGUGCUUUUAUUCUAUCUGUUUGCAUUUCAUUAUAUGCCAGCAUUUUUAAUUGAUGCAACAUUAUUUAUUACUGGGAAAACGCCAAAACUAAUUUCUGCAUACAAUCGACUACAUAAAUCAGUAAAAUCAAUGGAAUUUUUACAUAACAAACAUUGGUUAAUACGUGAUACCAAAACCCAAAAAUUAUUUAAAAAAUUGUGUGAUGUCGAUCGAUUGAACUUCAAUUUUGAUUUAAGCGAAAUGCGUUGGGAUGUAUACUUUUUAAUAUAUAUGCGUGGUAUACGUGUAUAUUUAUUAAAUGAUCCAUUAGAUACGAUCCCAAAGGCACAAGAACGUAACUUAUUCUUUAAAAUUGCUCAUUAUUUAUUAUGUCUAUCACUUGUUACUUCAUCAUAUAAAUUAUUUUCAAUCGUUUUUUCAGAAAAAUUUGUUAAUUUUUAUGAUUAAGGAUGUACGAGUGU